AAAACAGACCCAAAUAAACAUGGUAUUUACCAGUGUCAAAUAAUUCCCCACUAUGUACAAUAAAGUAUAUUAACAUUGUCGCAAUUCUAUUUUAAUAAUAAAAAAAUUAUCAUUUAAAUCUUUUUAUCUUGAUGAGAUCAUAGUUUAAAUAAAUAAUAUUAUCAUUUACGUUGCUUGUAAUUAUUUGUUAUAAUUAACAUAUAAUUUUAACUGGAAAUUUAGAAUUUUAAUUCGUCUAAAAAGUUUCAUACAUAUCGAAAAUACUGUAAGAAUAUUGGAAAGUAAAUAACGGUAAUAGCCGGUAAAGGAUUGAGUAAAAAAAAAUUUGCGUUGUCUUUGAGUUUAUUUAUAAAUUUGUAAACUGGAGAGAGUAUUUUUUACUCGUUCAUUUGAAUUAAUGAGCGUGUUCCAACUGAAUUUUUUAGUAUACAUUUUAGUAUAAGAUCAUUUAAAUAGUAAAUUUAUUUAAUAGAGAACGUUUUUAUAUAUUACAACUAGAAAAAUGUUUCAUUUUUGUCGUCAAUCACUUAAUAUUACAAUUCCAAAAAUUGGAGUUCGUUGGUUAGAAUCAGUUGUUUCACUGCCCAGUAUUCCUGAUAUUCCAUUAGAAAAUGAACCACUUUUAUCAUAUAACAAAAAUAGCCACGAACGUAAGAACUUGGAAAAUGUUUUAAACAAAUAUUCAAAUGAAUGUCAAGAUGUACCAAUCGUCAUCGGCGACCAAGAAUUUCGGACUGAUGUUGUCAAGUAUCAAUGUAUGCCUCACAAUCAUAAAAAAAAGAUAGCAAAAUAUUAUUAUGCAAAUCCAGAUUUGAUAAAGAAAGCAAUUGAAGUUGCAGUAAAAACUCAACGUGACUGGGAAAAUGUUCCAUUUGAAAAAAGAAUUGAAAUAUGGAUGAAAGCUGCUGAUUUAAUGGCAAAUAAAUAUCGUCAAGAUCUCAAUGCAACAACUAUGUUAGGCCAAGCAAAGAGUGUUAUCCAAGCAGAGAUUGAUAGUGCUGCUGAGUUAAUCGAUUUCUUUAAACUCAAUUGUUAUUUUCUAUCAGAGGUACUGAAAUACCAGCCUAUUUCUCCUGAAUUGAAAAUUUCACGUAAUUCAAUGAGGUAUCGAGGUUUAGAUGGUUUUAUUGCUGCUAUAUCCCCAUUCAAUUUUACUGCAAUAGGAGGGAAUUUAAGUUACACUCCAGCACUUAUGGGUAAUGCAGUUUUGUGGAAACCUUCAGAUACAGCAAUUCUUUCUAAUUGGACCAUCUUUAAAAUUUGUCGUGAAGCUGGAGUUCCUCCGGGCGUAGUAAAUUUUGUACCUUCGCAUGGACCUGAUUUUGGCAAUACAAUUACUCAAUCCCCCUUCCUCUCAGGAAUUAAUUUUACUGGAUCAGUCAAAACUUUCAAUCAUCUUUGGAGUCAAGUAGGAAAUAAUCUUUCAAGUUAUAAAAAUUAUCCAAAAAUGGUAGGUGAAUGUGGUGGAAAAAACUACCAUUUCGUGCAUCCAAGUGCAGAUGUUACUACAGUUGUUAAUGCAACAAUCAAAAGCUCUUUCGAGUACAGUGGGCAAAAAUGUUCAGCUUGUAGUCGAAUGUAUGUUCCGGAAUCAUUGUGGCCAAAAAUUAAACAAGAUUUACUAUCGAUUCGUAAUGAAUUAAAAAUUGGUGAUGUUCAAGAUUUUUCAAUAUUUACUAGUUCAGUAAUAGAUGAAGCAGCUUAUCAUCGUAUUGUUGGGUACAUUGAACAUGCAAAAUCAUCACCAAAUUUGGAAAUUAUUGGUGGAGGAACUUAUGAUAAAUCUCAAGGAUUUUUCAUUCAACCAACAAUCAUCACAACGUCUGAUCCAAAUGAUAAAAUAAUGAAAGAAGAAAUUUUUGGACCGGUUUUGACAAUAUUUAUUUAUAAAGACAAUAAAUUAAACGAAACAAUGAAACUUGUCGAGUCUUCCACUCCAUAUGCUUUAACUGGAGCAAUUUUCGCCCAAGAUCUAAAUUGGGCAAAAGAAGCGUUGAAAGAAUUUAAAUACACUGCUGGUAAUUUUUAUAUUAAUGAUAAAUCUACCGGAUCAGUUGUUGGCCAACAACCAUUCGGUGGUGGUAGAAUGUCCGGAACAAAUGAUAAGGCUGGCGGACCUCAUUAUGUAUUGAAAUGGUCUUCACCACAAUCUAUUAAAGAAACCUUUGUGCCAAUCACAGAAUACAAAUAUCCUUACAUGGAAUCAUAAAGUUAAUUGAUUCUAAAAACCAUUUAUAAAAAGAAAAUACAUUUGAAAAGAUCUACUUCCACUACUAUUAAUAGCUAUCAUUAACUUAAAGUACAUGAAGGAUCGAUUUAUUAAUUGAUAAACAUCAAUUAAUUAAUUGAUUUAAAUUAUUAUUUAUUUUUGUUAAACAGUUUAUCAGCAGAUAUUUA